AUGUCGCGUGAGGCGCGGGUGGAGGUCGAGUGUUGUGAGGCGGACGCGCGUGAGGCGCCGCAGCAGGCGCCGGUCGAGCCCCCGCAGUUCGGCCUCUGGCCCGGCCUGGCCCUCGCGGGGAUGUACAUCGGCAGCAGCAUUCUGCUCUUCCUCGCGAUACGCUACAGCAAGCUGCUGGAGAAGCGGGGGGAGGUGUCGUACGACAGCACGGCGAUUGUGAUGUCGAUUGAGGCGACGAAGAUCCUCGUCUCGGUGGCGCUGCGGUACGCGGCGAGCGGGGAAUUUCUGCCGUACAGCGUGACGCUCGGGCCGCGGCGCGGGCAGCUGUGGCGGAUGAGUUGGUUCUACCUCGUCCCCGCCCUCCUCUACGCCCUGUACAACAACCUCACCUACCUGAACCUCCGCCAUUUUGACCCCGGCACGGUGCAGCUCUUCAUGCAGACCCGCAUCCUCUUCACCGGGGUUCUCUUUGUGCUGCUGCUCCACCGCUCCCUCUCCCUGCGGCAGUGGGGGGCGCUGGGGGCCCUCACCGUCGGCCUCUUCAUCAAGUACUUCUCCCCCACCGUGGUGCAGACGGUGGGGGUGAGCCUGCUGGCGGUCCAGCUGCAGGCGUUUCUCUCCUCCCUCGCCGGGGUGUACAACGAGAUGGCCUUCAAGCGUGAGGCCUGCACCAGCAUUCACCUGCAGAACUUCUUCAUGUACUUGUACGGCUUUUUUUUCAACCUGCUGCUUGGUCUCCUUGUGGCCCCGCAGGAGUACCUUCGCGGGAGCAUCUUUCGCCACCCGCACGUUAUCUUCAUUCCUAUCAUCUUUUUGGGAGCCCUCAACGGCCUCACCGCGGCGUUUAUCCUUAAAUUCAUCAACGUCAUCGUCAAGGCCUUCGCCGCGGCUGUGGAGGUGGUUCUCAUGUCAGUGGUGGCGGCCGCCGUCCUCGGCGAACCGCUCACGCAGCAGGACCUCAUAGCCGGCGUCAUCGUCACGUGCUCCGUCUACCUUUACUACACCAAAGGCUGCGGCAGCGAGGCAACGUUUAAGCCCAAGUAA